AUGGAAGCAGAAGAAGAAGAAGAAGAAGAAGACGCGCCGCAAACCUUCUGGACGGAGAAUGGAAGCCACCGCCGGUCGUACUCGCUGUUUCUCAGCUCCGGUGCACUUGUCGUGUGCGUUCUGGUGAUUGUACUUGCAUUCACGUUGGUCAUAAUUCCCACGUUGCACUCUCUCCCCAACCAUCUUUUCAAACCCAACUCCGUGAAGAAGAGCUGGGACUCCCUUAACUUCGUGCUUAUCCUCUUCGCCAUUCUCUGCUGCUUCCUCGGCCGGAACAACACCGACGAAAGCUUCUCCGACACGCCACACCAGUACGAGAAACCAAACCCUACAACACCGCAACCGUGGUACGAGGAGUCAGAUCGUACGCCAUAUAAAUCGUAUAACAGGCUCAGGAGUUUCAACUCCUACCCGGAUCUCCGCCAAGAGUCGCCGUGGCUCGCCGCUGAUGAAAGAUGGCGAUUUUAUGAUGACACACACGUUAACGGUUACCGUGGAUUUGACUUGGAUGAAGAGAGCGUCAAGAAUUUUGAAGUGGUUGAUAAAGAGGUUCCGCCGCUACCGGCGUCACGACCACCAGUUCCGGCGGCGGAGAGGAGUCUGGAAAGUAAGAAUAAGAGAGCAAGUGCAACUAAAGAGUUGCUGACAUCUUCGAAAGAAAAGAAGAAGAAACAAAGAAAAGGAAGCUUUGAAAAUCUUAAGCGUAUUCGAAAUUCUGAACCUCAUUCACAUCCACGAGUGUCCUCAGUUUUUCAUAAUCUGUUUCCUUCUAAGAAAAGCAAGAAGAAAAAACUUGAAUCUGCUUCAUCUUCGCACGUUUCAUCAUCCAAAACCGAACCGAUUCGUGGGAGUGUGACUCCUUCCCUUACAUCAAACAAGAGAGAGACUUUCUCGGAGGAAAAUGUGAUUGUCACUGGUAAUGGUACCGAGUCACCUUUGAUCCCUACACCUCCGCCGCCGCCGCCGUUCAAGAUGCCGGCGUGGAAGUUCCGGGUUCAGGGAGACUUUGUUAGAAUAAAUAGCAUUAGUAGUGGUUCUUCAGAUUUAGAAGAUGAAGUUGUGGAGUCAGCAAGAAGUGAAGAUGGUGGAGAAUCUGCAAUCUUAUUGUUCUAUGAUCCUAGCCCUGAUGUUGACACCAAAGCUGAUACUUUCAUUGAAAGGUUCAGAGCAGGUUUAAGGAUGGAGCAGAAGCAGGGGAUUGGUACUUCCAAUCUACGCUCUUCACCAGAACCCAAAACUGGACCAAGUUGA